AUGUCAUCAUCGGUACAUAAUCCCUCCAGCUGUCAUACGCAAGCAGACUGAACAUCACAGGCUGAAGGUAGUCAUCCUUCAGAGGAUCCGAGCACUGAGCAAGCUGUCGACCUCGGAUCGUCCGACGAAAACGAUCAAGAUGGACAGUCGUAUCCACAGUGGCGAUCCAAAGAAAGCAAGGGAAAGAACCCUGCCAAGGUUCGUCACCCUUUCGCGAAGCCAUGGCGACUUCGAGCUGAUCAGUUCCCAGCCCAAGAAUGCAAGUACAUUUCAGAAAGGCAAAGAAGUCUAUGUCUAUCAGGGUAGAGCCUUGCUGGGGCCCUACAAGAUCACGCAUGUGUACUCUGAUGGAACUUAUGAUCUGGGCAAUGGACCGGGCGGCGCUUCGAAGACGAGGGUAGAGCAGGAAGACUUGAAGGCGGCAUAG